AUGGUGCAGCCGUCCACUGUAAAAAGAAGACUUAAGCCUUUAUUGAAUGAAAUCGUAAAGGCUUUUCAAAUUUGGGAUGAUCUGAACAAUGAUUGUUUUACUGUGGCGAAUUCGUUGGUUAAUACGAGACUUAAAGAACGAUAUGUUGAUCAUCCAGAGCUCUGGCCAUCAGAACUUUCUCCCUUCUCCGUUACAACCACAUCAAAAUUUCCCGACCUAAAACAGCGGUAUAGCGAAAAACUAAAUGAUCAAAUAUCGGAACUGGCACAAAUGUUCGUUCGAAUAUUCGAUAAAAUGGAAACUCACUGUCUCAAUAAAUUACACCGAUCCGUAUCACAAGUAGAAAUGCUCUACGUCGAAGCGUGUAACACGCUUGGACCAGAUUUUUGUACGAGUACACCGAAACAUUAUGCGAGAAAACAAACUUAUGUCAUUAACGGAAUAAUCUUGAUUUCAAUUCAAUUAGUGAAUCAUGUAAAAGAAAUUCUAACAAUGUACGCUCGAGAAAUAAAAUUCAAACAUCGAAUUGUGAAAGAAGAAUUAUUGUCGAAAAUUAAAGUCCGAGAAGAAGGAAUGGUGUUGCUAUCGUCUUGGUUGAAUCAGCCGUCGAUCGACAUCGAGAGACGAUCGGAGAUUGAAGAGAUAUGGAAGGUUGAAAUGGAAGGAGAAGAACAUGAAAAAACUUUGAUUCUAGACAAUCCCUAUUUGAACAAAUAUUAA